CACACACUGCUGGAGCAUAAAGCCAGGUUGACGGACGCUCUCCAGAGGGACUGUACAGUCGGAGCUGGGGAAAGAGGAAGAUGUCAGUGGCAGUGAAGAGAGGGAUAAGCGCUAAGGGAGAGUCCAGAAAAUGCGCCGCGCGUUUCUGGAGGCUCUUUCCUCACCUUUUGCUGUGUCUGUCUCUGGUGGCGUACGCAGCGCUGGGUGCGCUUUUGUUCCAGCACAUAGAGGGAGAGAGCGCGUCCACAACCCAGCAGGAGUACCGCGAGUUCCUGGGACAGAUUGUCCGCACCGUCCAGAACUUAACCGCUAACGCCUCCAUCACACAUCAGGACAUAGUACAUAAAGUGGAGUUUGAGAUGCAAAAAGGGUUCAAGUCCAUAUGGUUCCAGAGACCUGAAAGGUGGACUUUUUUUGGCUCCAUGUUCUUCUGCUGCACUGUAUUCACAACAGUCGGGUAUGGGGAGAUCUAUCCAGUUACUCUGCCUGGUAAGGUGGUGUGUGUCUUGUAUGCCAUGGUGGGCAUCCCUCUCAUGCUUCUGGUCAUCCUUGAUGUAGGAGACUUCCUAGCUAUGCUGAUGUCCAGAGCCUAUGUACGGAUUCACAAAUUCUGCAAAAUCCUCCGCUCCCACACUUGGUCACCGUGGAAGGCUCGGAAAAGGGCUGGGGACUCAAGUCACCGGGCCCUGGAGGACGGUACCUUUGUUUUCAGUCACGACAUUGUAGUCCGUGAACCACUCGACAUCCGGCAGGUACUGCACAGCCAGGUGGAUGUACGGCACAAGUCUAUCCAGCUCCAAAACAACAAAGAGAUAUUUGAGAAGAUUCUAGCCAGGGAGAACCUACUUAGAAAGGUCCCACUACUCAGGAGCCUCUCCUGCCCAGAGCUAGACCAGCUGCCGCCACCACCAAAAGGAUAUGCCAUAUGGGAUUUCACAGGGUUAGGGGAUGGAAUGGAAAUGCUGGAUGUACCUUUUGUACUGAUUCUUUUCAUCGUGUUUGCCUAUAUUUUGUUUGGUGGUUUGAUUUUACCAUUGUGGGAAACUGAAUUUAAGGGUUUUGACCCCUACUACUUCUGCUUCAUCACGCUCACAACCAUCGGUUUUGGUGACAUUGUACCUAAUCAUCCCAAGUAUUUCAUGCUAACCUCACUUUUCAUCAUUGUUGGCAUGGCUAUCAUGUCCAUGGCCUUCAAGCUGGGCCAAGCACGAAUCGUAACCUUCUACCGCCAAUUCAUCAAGUACAUUAGCAGGGGAAAUAUGGAGACUUCCAGAAAUUAAGAGAACGACUAAGUCAUCAGGAGUCUCUGUCUCAUGUCUGAGAGUUGUACAAGUUCACAGACUUGGUUUUGACACAGGCCAAAAAUGUGAGCCUGUGGGAACAUCUCCACUGUGUUCUUUGUGCUGGCUGUCCACUUAUGAGCAUUAGCAAAAUAAAAGUGUGCAUGUGCCAAAAGCUUUUGCCCAUUGAAGGACGGUGAUAUUCAAAAUGAUUCCUGUGAAGAAGAACUUCAAAAUUUGUAUAUCUACUUACAGUGUCUUGCCAAUGUUUAAGGUUGAAGUUGUUACAGUUGUUCUGCCUUACAGCACUAUAGAGGGUCAACACAAUUGUGUUACAUUUAAAUAUAGGUCACAACUCUGAUUUUUUUACUCUAUCUUAAUUUAAAUGCCUUUUGAAUUCAGUUUUGUUUAUUCGCUUCAACUUCAUUAAAAGGACAAUUCCGGCGCAAAAUGAACCUGGGGUUAAUAACACACGUGUACCGAGUUGGUCCGUUCUCUGGGAUAUGUUUUCAUGCUAAUCGACCGUGACCGGUUUUAGCACAAACCGCUAAUUAGCUUAUAACGCUAGUCAAUGGGGCACAGAGUAACGUGAAAAGAAAUAGCUUUUUAUACCACUAACAAGACUCAAAAUAGCACCACACUUACACGGUAGCAUAGUGAGGGCCCCUAUGUAUAAACCGCAGCAUUUUGUAAGUGUACAGACAGUUUAUUAAAAAGAUAGUUUAGAACAACAGUAGUGUUCGCAUAUACAGGCAGGCGCUAUCUUGGGAAAACGGUCAGGGGUUAGGUCAUUCAUGCAGCUCAAUGAUCAAGAUUUACAGCUGGCAAUGUGAACUAAAACAAACGUAAUUUGCUCAAUAUAUCAAAAAUAAUUGCACCGAUGUAAAACACAACUUGUCUAGUGUACUUACUCAGUGGAUAACUGUCCAUCUGGUCCCUCCAGUAUGAGUCGCUGCCUCCAAUUUAUUUUCGGGACAUGGAAAAAAGUUUCGAGUACACUCUGUUUAUCAGAGAGGGGAAAUCUGUACUGACUGUACAAAACACUGCGUCUCUUGGGUGUCGCGACGCAACAGGUCCCACAAAGCUAAUUAAGCUAAUUUGUGCAAAAACCGGUCACGGUCAAUUAGCAUGAAAACAUAUCCCAGAGAACGGACCAACUCGAUACACAUGUGUUAUUAACCCCAGGUUUCAUCCUUUAAUACCAUGAUGUCAAAUAAACAUAACUGCCCACACACUCAGCAUAACGAAAAGUAAAAUUUUUCAGUAUGUAAUAUUAAUGAUCAGCCAGCACUUGACUGUCCAUCGUCCAUCUUUUCUACCUUGGUAGCUCAUAUGCACAUAGGUCCCUGAUGAUGUGUUGUCUAAUUUAACCUUGGAGCAUGAGUGGACUUGAGAAAUACUCAUGGGGUGGCAUGGAGACUUUAAGGUGUGGCAGAAAUAAAUAAGUAGAUUUAAUUGCAAACAAUCACAUAUAUCAAUAUUUGCUUGAAAAAAAGAGCCCACAAAUGAAGAAUUUGUGCCACCCCUGUAUCUGCCACUGCCUCAGAGUAUAAAUUAACAAAAAUGGCAACACCUGCAGAUAAUAAUGCAGUCCACUACAAUAGGUCUACAAUACACUCCAAAAGUAAAUAUCAUCAUUGCUAGUUUUUCCACUCAGUAGCCAAAGUAACAGGAGCAACUGACACCUGUCAUGUUACAUCUGAUACUGGCACUUUAAAGAGUUAAAAGUAUGUGGAGUGCCUGCAUGGUCACAACCAUUGCCGGUUCGCUUCCAGCUUGCUUUUCAUACCACACUAUUUCCAGUUUGCCUCUUUACUGUCACUAUCCAAUAAAGGCAAAACAUGCCAAGAAAGUGUACGAAAUGGGAAGGACAGUUUUCUGUUGAAGCACUGUGCCAAAGCUUUCUAUUUUACUUUGAGAAUAUGACACCAUCAUUUAGUUUUGAAGCUUCAUUUUGGGUGUACAGCACAUAGAUAGAAAUGUACAUACAGACAUUAGUCUCUAGUGCAUCUCUGCGGUCAGUUUAGGUGGACAAGAUCUGCUACUAAUCAGAAUUAGGCGAGUUACUGUUGAUUUUGUUGUGCAGCCAGCAAAUUUUUGUUGUAAAUGUUAGAAUUUGAACCUAAUACUGGUCACGUAGGAAUUAAUUCAAUUACUGGGGUGGAUCUAAUGAGCUCUAUGCCAAAAAAAAGGCACUGCUUAAAAAAAUGCUACAGGCAUGUACAGCGUUUGGAUGUACAAACAGUACAAACAAAGUAUUCCAACAGGCACUGAUAACAAAACACAGCCACUGCUAGUCAGACUAGCACUUUGGCCAAAAUACAGAAUGAAAACAAUGAAUACAUGUGUACUAUUGUGUAGGACACAAAUUACUUUUCUAACCCAUGAAAGACUGUGUGGAAAAUAAUUGACCUGUUCAAUUUUAUGUUUUCCUGUAGAAAAAAAUUACAUUCAACAGAAACCAGCAACCAGGUGGCUUUGUAACAAUAUAAUAGAUAUUGAAAUCUACAUUUUUGGGAAACUGACAAAAGCUAAGAUUUAAAAUAAUUAACGCUUGAUGGUGCCUGUUCAUAGAUUGGGGCCUGCAUGUUCCAGUGGAAGUUUUAGCUAUUCAGAGUUUACAUUUUUGGUAUAAAUUGGAGCUGAUUGGAUUGGCUCCCAGUUACUGCAUUAAUUCCUACAAGUAACCAGUAUCAGGUUAAAUAUAUUAAUGUGGUGCAGCUGUGGUGCAGAGGUAGAGCGGGUUGUCCCCUAAUCGGAAGGUUGUUGGUUCGGCCAUUACCAUUUAAUCAAAGCAUGCAUAGAACAAUCUUUAUCUUCAUCUCAAUUGGCCAAAUAUGUUCACACAUACAAGAAACUUGACUCUGCUAGUACAGAGUCAGAUUCAGUGUACUACAGAGAAAUAGACAUACAGCUCAAAGACAAUAAAGCAAUAAAGGUAAAUAUAAUCAUUUAACUACUAUGUAGACUACAGAUAUAAAUAUAGAUAUAUAAAAAAACAAAAAUGGAAUUUAUAAACAAUAAGACAAUAGUACAAUGAUGCAAAGUUGGAAUUGUUCUCACUUUAUGCAGUGAACAAUAAUAAAACUCACCUAUUCUACAUCCAUCUACUUGUGCACAUACAGGCUUAAUUACAUACAGAACUGCCUCAGAAUGCCAUAUAUGGUAGGCACAUCCCUUCCUUAAAUGGAACAUCCCCUACAUCCCUUAUCCCUACCACAUUAAGAAUGAUGUAGAAUUACUUGUGAAACAUCAGAGUCAAUGAUGGGGUUAUGAUACUUUAGUGUCUGUAGAGUAAAUGGUAAAUGAUAAAUGGACUGUACUUAUAUAUUGCCUUUCUAGUCUCACUAAAUGCACUGUACACUAUAUGCCACACUCACCCAAUUCACACACAUUCAUACACUGAUGGCAGUGGCUGCCAUGCAAGGUGCCAACUGCUUACCAGAAUGGAAAAUAAUCAUUCAUACACACUCAUACACCGAUGCACUUCAUCAGGAGCAAUUUGGGGUUCAGUGUCUUGCUCAAAGACACUUCGACAUGCAGCAAGAGGAGCCGGGGAUCGGACAGCCAACCUUCCGAUUAGUGGACGACCCGCUCUACCUCUGAGCCACAAUGUGUGUUUUUGCAUUUCUAGUGUUUCACAUUACUACAAAAGAGACUGCAUGUGAUGUGGUGCAAAUCAUUUGUCAAAAUCUGUGCAUGUUGUUACCCUAUAAAUAUACUGUAUAAUGUUAAAUUUUUGACACUAAUCUGACCACAAAUGUCCAAAUAUAAAUACAUAAAGAUA